UUCGGCGGCUUAUGGACGGCCACACAGGGGUUUGUUUACCUUUCCAUCUACUGUACAUAAACGUUGUAACGCGCUAGAAUAGUUUGUAGGAACUCACGGAAACGAUGAUUCGUAUACGGCAAGCGAUUUGUGAGCAGCUGCCGCAGCUGAAGAACGCCUGCCAUUCCCUUGAGGUGCCUGUCAGGAGACAGCAGCUCCAGAAUGCCGGACGACCGACUGUGGAGUGGAUUCUACCCUCUGCGGUUGCGCAACAGGAAGGGGAACUACUAAAUUCAUUAAAGAACAGAUUCGAGGAAGCCUAUGUGGAAAACGUUCGAAUUGUACCCAGUGCUGGCCGCAGUGCAGCCAAGAUCGUGUUCCAGCUGCAGCCACAGGUCUUUGUAGAGCAGCUCCUCCAAACUAAAGGGAAUGCUAUACAUCCUUCGCCUUUUGCUGCGGAACACAUAGUAGUAGAGUACAGCUCGCCCAAUAUAGCCAAACCCUUUCACGUGGGCCACCUGCGCUCCACAAUUAUCGGCAAUGUUCUGGCCAACUUGCACCAGCACUUAGGCUAUCGCACCACCCGCUUAAACUACCUGGGGGAUUGGGGCACGCAAUUUGGACUACUGGCACUAGGAGUUCAACUGCUAAAUGUAAGCGACAAGGAAAUGCAACUAUCCCCAAUAGAAACGCUCUACAAAUCCUACGUGGCCGCCAACAAGGCGGCUGAACAAAGACCUGAAAUCGCUCAGCAAGCAAGGGACCUCUUCGGCGCUUUGGAAGGAGGAACUGAUAAAACAAUGGCCCUUCAAUGGCAGCAGUACAGAAAGUACACUAUAGAUGAUCUAUCCAAAGUCUAUAACCGACUAGGCGUUCACUUCGAUAUCUACGAAUGGGAAUCACAGUAUUCCCAACAGCACAUUCAGGAAGUUCUGGGCAAACUGCGCAUUAGUGGACUCCUGCAGCCAGAGCAUGAUGGUCGUGAGAUUGUUGUGGUGGAUGGUCGACGCAUUCCUGUGAUAAAGAGUGAUGGAUCCACUUUGUACCUAGCCAGGGACAUCGCUGCGCUGCUGGAGAGACUCUCCAGGUUUGAGUUCUCCCGCUUGCUCUACGUCGUGGACAAUGGUCAAUCGGAUCAUUUCAAUGCCCUCUUUAAAACAUCUGCAGCCCUGGAUGACCGCCUAAGCCUGGAACAGCUGCAACAUGUAAAAUUCGGACGCAUUCAUGGAAUGAGCACUCGUCAGGGAAAGGCAAUCUUCCUUAAAGAUGUCCUGGAUGAAGCACGAGAUAUAAUGCGAGAAAAACGAAACUUUAGUCCAACUACCAGAGAAAACUAUAACCUGGAUGAUGAACAUGUAUGUGAUAUUCUGGGCGUGUCAGCCGUCCUAGUCAAUGUUCUCAAGCAGCGAAGGCAACGAGAUCACGAGUUUAGCUGGCAGCAGGCGCUGCAAGUAAAUGGGGACACUGGAAUCAAGCUGCAGUACACACACUGCCGCCUGCACAGUUUGCUGCAUAAUUUCAGCGAAGUAGAUCUGGACGAUAUUAAGCCUGACUGGAAGCACUUCGCCACGGAGCCAAUGGAUGCUUUGGAUCUGCUCUACGCACUGGCACGCUUCGAUCAAAGCAUUUGGCAAUCGAAGGAACAAUUGGAGGCAUGUGUCCUUGUCAACUAUCUCUUUGAAUUGUGCAAUACCACCAGUCGAGCGCUGAAAAGAUUGCCUGUGAAACAAGAGCCCUCCCUACAAAAGCAGCUCCAACGCCUUCUUCUCUUUCACGCUGCCAAAAGAACACUGCGACAGGGAAUGGAGCUUCUGGGUCUGCGUCCACUGGACCAAAUGUAGACCAAUGGACCUAAGACACCUCUGUUAACAUAGUUUAUAUAUUUAUUAAUAAAACACUUCGAUAUAAAAUGCA